AUGAGUCUCUGUGCGUUUGAGAUUUACAGCUCAUACAGACAGAAAGAGAUAAACCUAACUCUACAAAAACAAACAGAAAGAGAUCCACCUAGAGUUUUUAUCCGUCCCAUGCCUGUUCUAUUUGGUGUUAAUUCAAUGCUAAAUGCAGGUUCGUUUAAUCACCAAAUUCAUUCAAGUUCAUUAGAAAUUCAACGGCCCAGAUGGGUUUCUAAUGCUGAUGGUCUGCCAAACUCUGUGCUUCCAGCUUUGCUAGCUAGUUUGAUUGGAGUUGGAACGUUACAAGUAGCCUAUGCAGAUUCUGAUGAGAGUGCUAGUAAACCUCCUUUGCCAUCAGAAUCUUCUCCUUCGAGCUACGGUGACUUGGAGGAGAUUGCGAAGAAAGAACGGCAGCGAAUUGAAGAGUUGCUUAAGAGCAAAGGGAUCAAAUAUGGUUCUUAUCCUCGCUUCACUGUUGCUGUUAAGGGCCAAAAGGUUACAAUCAAGUUCCAAAUUCCACCUGCAUGUGAUACGCCACAGUUGAUUGCACACCUUGUUUCUAAUCUCGGAGUGAAGGUCGAUGAACGCGGUGCUGGUUCAGAUAUGUCAUUGCGUGCUUGGGACAGAAAAAAGGAAGGAAACCGGGGGGAAAAAGGGCAUGAAGGAGAUGUAGAAGUUCCCGAGGGAGAUCUAUGCAUACUCUUAUUUCGUUCGCUCAUAAGUUCAGAUAAACCUGAAAUUGAGUUUAUAAAGAGUGGGAGCUUGAGCACCACAGAGCUUGAUGCUUUUGUGUCUGCUUUACAAUUAGCUGGUAGUAAAUUAAGGUCCCUGGACAGAAAACCGGCCGAAGGUUCUGCACGAGUGCCUUCUAGAGACAAAUCAGUUGCUAGUUUAGAGUCCAUGGGAGUAAGAAUAUAUGGACUUGAUGAACCGCUUGUGAAUUCUCCAAACACUGAGAUAUCAUGGGAAAAUAUUGCUGGAUAUGAUCAGCAAAAAAGAGCCACAAUACCGGUCAAUCCACUGUAUGGGAUCUUGAGUUUAGAGAACAUAGAGAUAGAAGACACAAUCUUAUUGGCUCUUCAAAGUCCUGAAGUAUAUGAUGAUAUUGCUCGUGGCACUCGCUGCAAGUUUGAGUCAAAUAGACCUAGAGCUCUGCUUUUUGAAGGUCCACCAGGUACUGGGAAGACAUCUUGUGCACGUGUUAUUGCUACUCAAGCGGGUGUCCCAUUGCUAUAUGUACCACUGGAGGUUGUUAUGUCAAAAUACUAUGGAGAAAGUGAACGCUUGUUGGGAAAAGUUUUCUCACUUGCAAAUGAGAUCCCUAGCGGUGCUCUUAUAUUUCUAGAUGAGGUUGAUUCUUUCGCUGCUGCUCGAGACAGUGAAAUGCAUGAAGCUACUCGUAGAAUUUUGUCAGUUCUGCUGCGACAGAUUGAUGGAUUUGAACAGGAUAAGAAAGUGGUAGUCAUUGCUGCAACAAAUAGAAAACAAGACCUCGAUCCUGCUUUAAUCAGUCGGUUUGAUUCAAUGAUUACCUUUGGCCUGCCCGAUCAGCAGAAUCGCCAGGAAAUUGCUGCCCAGUAUGCAAAGCACCUAACAAAAUCUGAGUUAGAGGAAUUGGCAAGAGCAACAGAGGAGUAA